AUGAAGUUGAAGCAUAACAUCAACCCCGUUCUUCUGCAGUUGAUAAACUUUGUAAUCCUGCUGUACUCCUUGGUAACGUACGUUCCCUGGUACAUCUUUUCAAGCUCGAGGCAGGCGAUAGAAAAAGCCAAGCAGGUGAAAGCUAAACCUGUGAAUAACAAGCCCGGGGGCGCGUACAGAUCCGUGAACAGCCUGCACUGUUUAGCUUCGGUUUUAUAUCCCGGGUGCGACACCCUCGACAAAGUUUUUAAGUACGCGAAAACGAAAUUUAAGGACAAAAAACUCCUGGGCACGCGGGAGGUCCUCAAAGAGGAGGAUGAAAUCCAGCCGUCGGGAAAAGUUUUUAAAAAGGUCAUCCUGGGCAAGUACACCUGGCUUUCCUAUGAGGAUGUGUACGUUAGAGCCGUUAAUUUUGGGAAGGGCUUGGCAGUCCUGGGGCAGCAACCAAAGACCAACAUCGCGAUCUUCUGCGAGACCCGGGCGGAGUGGAUGAUCGCAGCCCAGGCGUGCUUCAUGUGCAACUACCAGCUCGUUACUCUGUACGCUACUCUGGGAGGGCCAGCGAUCGUCCACGGGCUGAACGAAACGGAGGUGACCACCAUCAUCACCAGCAAAGAACUGAUGCAAACAAAACUGAAGGAGAUUGUUUCUCAAGUCCCGCUGCUGCGACAUAUUAUCACGGUGGACGGCAAACCCACGACGUGGUCGGAGUUUCCCAAGGGCGUCAUCAUCCACACGAUGGCCUCGGUGCAAGCCAUGGGGGCCAAGGCUGACACCGGAAGCAAGCAGCAAGCCAGGCCCGUGCCCUCGGACAUCGCGGUGAUCAUGUACACCAGCGGCUCCACGGGAGUCCCCAAGGGCGUCAUGAUCUCCCAUUGCAACAUCAUCGCCGGCAUCACUGGAAUGGCCGAGAGGAUUCCCAACCUGGGGGAAAAAGACAUUUAUAUCGGCUAUUUGCCUCUUGCCCACGUGCUGGAGCUGAGUGCUGAGCUCGUGUGUCUGUCUCACGGGUGUCCCAUCGGUUACUCUUCGCCUCAGACGCUGGCUGACCAGUCCUCUAAAAUCAAGAAAGGAAGCAAAGGUGAUGUUACUACCCUUAAGCCGACCCUAAUGGCAGCUGUCCCGGAAAUCAUGGAUCGGAUCUACAAAAACGUCAUGAACAAAGUGAAUGAAAUGACGAGUUUCCAGCGGAAUCUCUUUAUAUUGGCCUACAACUACAAAAUGGAGCAGAUUUCCAAAGGUUACACUACCCCGCUCUGCGAUAGCCUUAUUUUCCGGAAAGUGCGGCUGCUGCUCGGCGGGAAGAUCCGCAUCCUGCUCUGCGGAGGAGCUCCGCUCUCGGCGGCCACGCAGCGCUUCAUGAACAUUUGCUUCUGCUGCCCCGUGGGACAGGGCUACGGGCUCACCGAGUCCGCCGGCGCCGGCACCAUCACGGAAGUUUGGGACUACACGACAGGGAGAGUGGGAGCACCUUUGGUCUGCUGUGAAAUCAAGUUAAUGAACUGGGAAGAAGGUGGGUAUUAUAACACUGACAAACCGUACCCGAGGGGGGAGAUCCUCAUUGGGGGGCAGAACGUGACGGUGGGCUACUACAAAAACGAAGCGCGGACCAGAAAAGAUUUCACCGUUGAUGAGAACGGGCAGAGGUGGCUCCACACUGGGGACAUCGGAGUUUUGCAGGAUGGGUGUCUCAAAAUUAUCGAUCGUAAAAAAGAUCUUGUGAAGCUCCAGGCUGGAGAAUACGUUUCUCUUGGCAAGGUAGAAGCGGCUCUGAAGAACCUGCCGCUGGUGGAUAACAUUUGUGCGUACGCCAGCAGCUUCCAUUCUUACGUCGUUGGGUUCGUUGUGCCAAAUCAAAAGGAGCUGGCGGAGCUGGCUCGGAAGAAAGGCUUUAAAGGCACCUGGGAGGAGAUCUGCAGCAGCCCCGAGAUGGAAAAAGAGGUGCUGAAGGUGCUGGCCGAGGCUGCCAUGGCAG